AUUUCCAGGAAUUCUUUAAUAUUUUGUACUCCUUUCAGGUAUACUAUAUUAAAUGCACAAGGCCUCUACAUUGUCUGCAUCAAUCAUGAUUCAAUCUCAUCAAGCCAUGGAAGAACUGGUCCUGAAGAUUGGCUAAACACUUAUGCUGAUCUUGAAAAGGUCUAUUUUGCAGGUGACAGUUCGGGUGCUAAUAAUGCACACUUCAUGGGCUUGAGAUAUGGCCAAGAAAAACCAGAGGGUCUCAAGGUUGCGGGUAUUAUUUUGAUUCAUCCGUAUUUCUGGGCCAGUGAACCGAUCGGUGCUGAGGUUAAUCACCUAGAGAGAAGAGAAUAUGUAGAGAAAUUCUGGCGUUUUGUAUGUCCUUCAACAAGUGGGUGCGAUGAUCCGCUGUUUAAUCCUGUAGCUGAUCCCAACCUGGCGAGGCUGGGGAGCUGCAGAGUUCUGGUUUGUGUUACAGAGAAGGAUUUGUACAGAGAAAGGGGAUGGCACUAUUACGAGAAGUUGAAGAACAGUGAAUGGAGAGGCGUUGUGGAGAUUAUUGAGUCUAAAGGAGAAGAUCAUGCGUUCCAUUUGUUCAAUCCCAGUUGUGAAAAUGCUGUGGCUUUGCUCAAACAUAUUGCUUGUUUCAUCAAUCAGAAGACUCAAGAGAUGGCCUGAAAACAUAGAAGGAAAUAAAAUUUUUACCAAUUUUCAGUAAUUAACUUUUAUAUCAAUUGUAUCUUGUUAUUUGGUGCUUUUGCAAAAGCUUUUAAUUUGGCUA